UACGCGUCGCCGAAGGGCCUCGGCUAAUCGGUUGCGAAAUCGUGCCCUACUUAUCUUAUUGAUAGAGCGCGGACGCGGAUAACGGGCUCCCAGUUCAGAUUCCCGGCGAUGGCUGGGACUGCGGCGGCGCUCACUGCCGCUCUGCUGGCGCUGUUGGGUCAAUUAUACAAACGAGGAGUGCGUAUAUGGAUCGAUCACGGUUUGACCUAUCUGUUCCGAUACCUGCUGGCUGUGGUCCAACUUACAUACCUGCUGCAAAGAAAAGACCGGCGCUUCCGGUACUUGGAACCCACACAUAACGAUGACGUCGUCAACAGUGGAGCCAUCUGCGCCCCGCUGGAAUGGACACAGGAAUGUCCACGGAAAAGGGAUAAGCUGGACAAAGGCCAAGACAAGGUGCUCUUUUACGGUGUGAACACCGGCGGUGAUCGGCUGGUGGUGAACGUCUCUCGCCGACAGAAUCACCUGGCUGAACUCUGGAUUGCCCUUUACACAGCCGAUGGAGCGCUGUACUCACUACCCGCUUUACUCACACUCGACCGCAGCGCGGGAAGCUGUUUCUCGGCUGCUGGCCUUCGGCUUCAAUGCUUGGCUGCCAACCGCCGGUGGCGCGUCGCAUUCAACGGGCUGCUCAGGAGACACGAUGAUUCCACAAGGGGCACAUCCGUGGAAUCUGAUGUUCACGUGAAGCUAGGACUCAUCUGGUCGACAGUGUCACACACAUCGGAGCAGCCUUCCCAACUGGCACCAGCUCUGUUGGCGGAGGGUUGUGCGGAAGGGUCAACGCUCGAGAUGCUUCGCGCAGUUAGGAGACUGGCGACUGAAAUGGACUCGUACGACCAAGCUGGCAUGAUGUCCGGCGAGAUCGUUGUGGAUGGCGAGUGCAGAGAGUUGUGCCUGUGGGGAUUCAAGAUCAGAAACCAAGGUAAUAUACAUGAUGGCGCUUGUGAAGAGGACCACCACUUUGGCUUCCUUGAGAAUGGCGACAUGUACCAUUUAGUUCGAACGAGCCAAUACGGAGGAAAAAAUGGCAUUUACUACGGCUCAGUCUACGCUCCCUCAAGUGAGAUGCAAUCCAUUGACUAUGUUUCUGAGAAGACAAGGCAAGAACUCCGUGAUCAAUGUGGCAAGCUGCAUAUACGAAGCGGCGCAUAUGCCAUACUGGCAUCCACAAAAAGAGUAGCACCCGAAUUGGCCUUCCACACCGAACACUGUUCUUCUGGAGCCGUCGUUGCUGCGGUUGAUCUCAAGAGUGAGGAAAAUAAAGGAUGCGGCUUCAGUAUAUCUAUUAAAAGGUCUCAGCAGAAGAUUUGCACUGUCCCAGGUUAUAUAAAGCACAAGAUUAUUGAAGAGCAAGAGCUGUGCGGGAACCCCCCGCUUGUGUCAGACAUCCGCAACGAGUGUAGCAAGUUGCCAGACUUGACAGGGGGCAAGGGAUCGUCGCUAGCAGUGCUGGACUCCAUUGCUAGAGAAAUUAAGGCGUUUUCAGUUCCCUGUGGAUUUAUCGUCACAACAACGUCUUACAAGCUUUUCUCCUCGAGCACAGAUUUUCGAAAAUUAUUGCAAGGAAUGGAGACAUCAAUGACCAGGGAGGACUGGCAGAAAGAGCUGAAAGGCGUCUGCUCCAGGAUGGUUGGUGCCGUUGAGAGACUAAGCAUGCCCAGGAAUAUCAAAGAAGCAAUCUCUCGGCAUUUGUCUAAGUUUGAUGAAAACACGAUGUUUGCUGUGAGAUCGUCAGCCUUAGGUGAAGACUCUGAGGACAUGUCGGCCGCCGGCCAAAUGACCACUCUGCUCGGACUUCGUGGUCUGGAGAACGUGAUCAGCGCUGUGACAAAAUGCUGGGCGUCGCAGUUCAGCUUCACGAAUGUCAACUAUAAAAGGUAG